AUGGUGACUCAAAAGGAUAUUGACUUGAAUACACCUUUGGAUGCAAGAGCUCCAUCAACCUUGUCCAAAUCGGCAUUGACUCCUGAAUUGACCAAAGCAGCAGUCACAUUGCAUGGAGACCGAUACAAACAAUCACAGGCUAAUUUAACUCGUUUUAUUAUAUGGCAUCCUUAUUCACUUGCAUUGUAUUCAUUAAUUUUCCCAUCCAUUUUAGUCUACGCAUUGUGGGAUUACAUUUCAAUCAGUGAUAAUUUGGUAGAAUUAUACUUCAUUGCGUCAAGAAACAAACGGGAUUUCAUAUUCCAUAUAAUCAAGUCAGGUCCUACCAUUGCUGGUAUUUUUGGUAUUUUUGGAUUUAUUGCAUACAUAUUGGGUGAUGAAGUUGGUGCCAUCACUGAUCGAUAUGUUGCGCAAAAAUAUUGUGAUUAUACUUUUGGUUUUGACGUAAAAGAGUUUGCUCAGGAUCCCAAAACACCACUUUUGAAGAAUGGGAAAAACUCAGAAUUGAUUAUCUACAAAGAUCAGCCAAUUGCCAUUGGUACACUCAAACCAGAUUGGGAGCAAUCAACGCCAGAUAAUUUCAUUGUCAAUAUCACUGGUAUUCACGUUAGAAAAGUUUUCAAAAAAGUUGAUUUUGACCAGUUGUUGAUUGAAUGGGCUGUAUUAAGAGCAAGGGAGUUGUAUCAGGAAUACUUGUUACAAAAGAAAUCCAAGACCAAGAAUGGAACUAUCUUUGUUGUCACUGAUGCUUACUCAUUCGACAAAGAACAAGAGGGAACCUUGAUACGUUGUGGAUUCAAAUUACUAAGCUCCUCAUUGGAAUUGAACCCAUUCAGCCCCUCUUUGAAAUCUUAUGAAAAGUUUUUGAAUAGAUUACUUGGUAUAAGCAGAGACACGUUUGGACUUUUAUUGACCACAGAAAGGGACGAUGUGGAGUUACUUAAAGAGAGUGACUUGCUUGAAAAAGAACAACUCAGAAAAAGACACUAG